AUUGUUAUAAAUUGUUACCAUAUCCUUCUGAAAAUACCCAUAUCAGAAUUUCUUGAACUUCACUGCUGAUAGAAGCCCUGGUAUAUUUUAUAUCAGUUUCCAGACAUAUCGAAAUCGUUUAAUCUGGCCUUGAUAUGGUUGCAGAUAAUUGAGAACGCGAAAACUGAAGCAGAGAUGAAAUUUAUGAAACUUGGUUCUAGGCCGGAUACUUUCUGUACUAAUGAGUCUGUGAGGUCAAUCUCCUCAGAGGUUUCUUGUGAUCUUCUGAUACAAGUAAAGGGAACGAGAUAUUUUCUGCACAAGUUUCCGCUGUUGACCAAGUGUUUGCGCCUUCAGAAGCUGUGCUCUGACUCACCUGAAUCGUCGCCAUGCCAAAUAGUCCAACUCCCUGAAUUCCCAGGUGGAGUUGAGGCUUUUGAAUUAUGUGCUAAAUUCUGCUAUGGGAUUACAAUUACACUCAGUGCGUACAAUAUUGUAUCAGCUCGAUUGGCUGCUGAGUAUCUUCAGAUGACUGAGGAUGUAGAGAAGGGAAAUUUGAUCUAUAAGCUAGAGGUUUUCCUAAAUUCUUGUGUUCUUCAUGGUUGGAAGGACUCGGUUGUGACCUUACAAAGCACCAAAGCGUACCCUUCAUGGGCAGAAGACCUCAGUAUUACUAGCAGAUGCAUUGAAGCUAUUGCUUUAAAAGUUCUUUCCCAACCCUCAAAGGUGCCGCAAGCAAGAAGAAGUAGAGAUAAUACUCAGUCCUGUAAUGUUGCAGAGAGUCAGCCAUCUAAACAUGUAACCAAGGGAUGGUGGGCCGAUGACGUUGCAGACUUGGGCAUAGACCUUUAUUGGAGAACAAUGAUAGCCAUUAAAUCCAAAAGAAAGGUUCCUUCUAGCCUUAUUGGUGAUGCAUUGAGGAUUUAUGCAUCUCGACGUCUACCAAACAUAUCAAAACACUUGGAUGCUGAUAAGCAAGUUGAGACUGAUCUUAAGUCAGAUGCUAAUGAGGUAAGCUCAAAACAUAGAUUUCUAUUGGAAUCAAUAAUUAGCUUACUACCAGUAGACAGAAGUGCGGUUUCUUGUAGCUUCCUACUUAAACUUUUGAAAGCAGCGAAUAUCCUUGAAGCGUCUUUCUCAUCAAAAAUGGAACUAGCAAGAAGGAUUGCAGUUCAGUUAGAGGAAGCAACAGUCAGUGAUUUUUUGAUUCCCAGCUCGUCUCGCAAUCAAGACACAAAAUAUGAUGUUGACAUAGUCAUCACAAUACUAGAGCAGUUCAUGUUACAGGGUCAGAGCCCAACAACUAGCCCUUCAAGAGCCGAAGGGGAUUUUCAAAGACAAAGGUCGCGUUCAGCUGAGAAUAUAGAUUUUGAGUUUCAGGAGAGCAGGAGGUCAUCUUCAGCAUCUCAUAGCUCUAAACUGAAAGUGUCAAAACUCGUGGAUGGCUACCUUCAAGUGGUAGCUUGGGAAAAACAAUUGCCCCUUGCAAAAUUUCUACAAAUUGCUGAGGCUCUUCCUGCAUUUUCAAGGCCUAAACAUGAUGGUCUAUACAAAGCUAUUGACAUCUAUUUGAAGGGACACCCUGAACUCAACAAGAGUGAAAGAAAGCGUCUUUGCAGAGUUCUGGACUGCCAGAAGUUGUCCACGGAAGCCUGCAGUGAUGCAGCACAAAAUGAGUUGCUUCCGCUGAGGGUAGUUGUGCAAGUUCUCUUUACUGAGCAGGCUCGAGCUGCUAAAAAUGGUCAGGAAGCGACCAACAUUCCUAGCAAUAUAAAGGCACUUCUGCAUUCACAUGUUGAUUCACCAAGGCCUUUGGGGUCAUCAGUCACAACAAAGGCUUCGGGAGCAGAUGAUCAGUGGAGCAUCUCAGUCCUCGGGACACCAAAGUCCAACCUUUCAACUCUAAAAAUGAAGCUCGCUGAAGAUGAAGACUUAGACGAAAACUGUACAGAUGAAACUGAGAGAUCACCAAGAAUCAGGGCAUUCUGCGCGCUUCCUGAUCGACCCAAAAGGAUGCUGAGUAAGUUGUGGUCCAUUAACAGACAUAGAAGCGAAAAAGUCUAAAUUUAUUCAAUUAUGUUCCAAUAGAUGGUGUUGUUUCCUAAAUGGUAACUACUAUUCCCUGUUCUCUUCCUUUCUCUUAUCUUGCAAAAUGUUGUAAUCUCUAGAGUAAACAGAUAUCAACUGUAUAUCAUCAGUGUAAUUUUUGCUAAUAAAUAGCAUUAUAUUAUUUUAACAAGAUAAAUAAAUAGUGUCUGGGGCAUCAA